AUGGCUGCAUUUAGUUGUAUAUAUAUCGUUAUUCAAAUUAGUGGUGAGUAUUUGGGUUGAAAUCGCAUGCUCUAAUCGUAUUCUUAGGAUAGACUGGCUUAAGACAAUUCGACUGAUAUAAUUUUUGAUGACUUAAGGUUGCCCUUAAGGUGGUUUAGCGGCUUUUCACUUAAGGGUAACGUUAAGUCAUCAAAAAUUAUAUCAUUGGGAUUGUUUUAGGUCAAUCUAUCCUAAGAAUACGAUUAGAGCGUGAGUGGAAAAUAUAAUAAGAUCUACUGAAUCGUAUUUUUUAGCAGUAAUAACAUUGGCAGUUUUGACGAUUAUAAAUUGUGGAAAGAAGAAAGCAACAGCAGCAGCACCUAAGAAAACAGCAUCAACUUCAAAAUCAUCAACAACUAACGCACCAUCACCCAAAAAAUCGGAAAAGAAACCCGACGAAGAAGCUAAAAAGAAAGAAGAAGAGGAGGAAAAUAAGAGAAAAGAGGAGGAAGAAGAGAAAAAGAGAAAGGAAGAGGAAGAAGAAAAGGAAAAGAAGAAAAAAGAGGAGGAAGAAGAGAAAAAGAAAAGAGAGGAAGAAGAGGAAAAGAAAAAGAAGGAAGAAGAAGAAGAGGAGGAAAAAAGAAAGAAGGAGGAAGAGGAAAAGAGAAAGAAGGAGGAGGAAGAAGAGAGAAAGAGAAAGGAAGAGGAAGAGAAAAAGAAGGAGAAAUCGAAAAAGAUAUCUGUGAAAGAGGAAGAGCCGAAGAAGAUUGAUUUGAACGAGAAGGAGAAGAAGAUUGCGGCUGGCGCAAAAGUCGGUGUCAAUGAUUAUCCGACGAUGAAUAAUGUCAAAUCUGAUUGGUCGGAUAAAUCGGCCAAGAAAAAGUAG